GUAAAAUUAGUUUUGUAUGAAAGAGUAAUCAUCAGAAAAUGAGCGGUGCUAAGUUAACAGUCGCCAUCAAGAAAUUGAGGGCCCUGGAGGGAGGUGCACUGCAGACCGAUUGCAUAUUUCUCGUUGGUGACGACCAAAACGUCCAGGAGGUCAACGCAUGCAAGUCCGACUUGAAGGUCGUGAGCAGUUUGUUUUUCAAAGAAAGGCUGAAUGGACUUUACGGCCCCUGUGAAUAUUUCAAACUCAAGAACAUCGAGCCUCAGGUCUUCAAAUUAGUUGCUGAGUUUGCCCAUCUCUGUGGACAACUGGUGACUGAGGUAGACAGUUUAGAUUUAUGUCUGAAGUUGGCUGCAGCCUCUGAUGAAUAUAUGAUUGAGGAUCUUAGUGCUCUGUGCUCCAAACUACUUGAGGAGAGGUUUUUGUCUGUGGAAAACGUGUGGGCAGUCUUGAGCGAGAACCUUUUGAUCAACGCCAUCACCUCGUCUUGCUUGAAGCUGCUGAGUUUGGAGGCAGAGAAAUGUGUCCAGCACAAAACCUUCCUCGAGGCCAGAGAGGAAGCUAUUGAGAUGUUCUUGACUUUGGAUCAAAUGAACAUUGAUUGCGAGUUAGAGCUUGUAAAGGCCUGUCUUAAUUACGCAAAAUCUAGAGACGAUGAAAGAGCUACUUUUCGACGGUUCUGUCCAAGCCUUCGAUUGUUGGCACUGAAGUUUAGCGACCUUCAAAAUUUUGUGCUUUUUCUCACCGAAAAAGAAAAAACUUACCUUGCUGCACUCAAAAAUCCACUGCUGCGGUUUGACGAGGAGCCCAAACUUAAUGAAUCCAUAAUUUGCACCAUCCCAUUUGAAAGGGGACCGCACAAAAAGAUUUUGACACUGAUUGGAGACGGUUACAUUGAUGACAUCAGAACUAUUUUCAAAAAGGCAAAAUGGGAAAAAAUAACGAGUCUCAUAAUAUUUAAAAUUACGUUGAUCGCUAAGAGAUGCAUUAAAAUCUUAGGCUUUGAUGUCUUGUGCAAACUGGACAUAUAUGAAGAGGACUACUUUGGCGAGUGUACAUCAACAAUGCUAGAAGAAGCUGGACACAAGAGCUACAAUAACAACUUAAAUGGUCAAUACACCGUUUCCAUUAAUGGGUCGCUCUACAAGCGUGAAAUCAACUUCCCCAAAAAGCUGGAGAAAAACUCUUGGGCUCACAUAGACCUUUUUGCCAUUGUGCCGGAAGGUUGUCGAGUCGAGUUUAAAGUGGAAGUUUUAGAUCCUGAUGAUAAUCCCAUUUUCUUGAGGAAACUGCCUCUCGCCGAUAAUUUGCAUAAGAUAAACCAAAGAGACACCAUUAACUGCUUCAAUGACAUCCUACUUCGUUCGGAUUAUGCCAUUGAUUCAUGUAUUUUCAGAAACAUACACUUUGUUGAUGUUUAAGUUUGCAAAAAUUUGUUUGUUCCAAAUCAACUUUACGUUAGUUAAUAAAGCAGUAAAGACUUGUUUGUGUAUUGAAGUAAUUUUCACAUGAUUUGAAGAACUGUUUGGAAAAUAUUAACAUAUUUUCAUGUUUCAGCUUUGAUUCGUAUCAAAACAUUUAAAGAGUUUAAUCGUAUCCACUUUAAACGCCGUAAGGUUUUUCAUAUUGAUCUUUCCUGCAAUAAUUGGUAUGGAGAAAAAUCCCUUUUCAAGAUUUUACUUGACAAAUUUGCAAAAAUAGCAUUUUCAUAAGCGGCCGUGGAGUCCCGUGGGGCGCCGGGCUGACACAGAAAAUCACUCGGCGCCGCAGAGUCACGGCGCCGCGUCUCGCAGGCCAAAUCUGCUCACCUGCUGCAGCAAAUCGUAAAAUUUGAGCAUAAUGUGCGCGCCGUGUUCAUUUUCUCGAGUGAAUUUUUACUGCUGAAGAUAUGUGGCCCGAGGGGCCAGCGUGCAAGUUCGCGCGAAACGCCGCGCAGAAGAUGUUCCCUGAUAUAAUACGCCGCCCACCAAAGAUUUUCUUUUUUAAUCAUUUUUAGAGUUUUUGAUCGAGAGUUGUAGUUGAGAGGUUUAAACAAGAAAUUUUUGUGAAUAAUCUUAUUCAAAAUUCAUAUAAUUAAAUCAUGGUGACAUCUUUUACUGGAUCCUGAAACGUUUAGAGUAAUUUUAGAUUUAUUUCUCAACUAAAUUCACACAAGGAAAAUACGAAGAAAAGUUGACUUUGCGCGGGCGGGAAAGUUUUCUAGACGGGCAUAUUUGUU